CUGAGAUGGUUUGAAAUUAUGUUGGACCUCAAAAUAAAUUUUAAUAAAAGUGUACUAAUCGGGAUCAAUGUGGAUGAGACUUGGAUCAGCAUGGCUGCCUCUGCCUUAAACUGCAAAGCUGGUAAAACUCCCUUCAUUUACCUGGGGCAACCUGUUGGAGGAAAUCCUCACCGUCAUUCUUUUUGGAAGCCAGUGAUUGAAAAGUUCCGAUCAAAAUUGGCAUCUUGGAAAGGAAAGCUUCUUUCAAUCGAUGGCCGCAUCACACUUCUCACGUCGGUACUUUCUACUCUACCUCUAUUCUACUUCUCUAUCUUUAAAGUUCCAAAAGGCAUCUUAAAAGAGCUCAUUAGAACACAAAAAAACUUCUUAUGGGGGACCUCAGACGAGUCUAAGAAGAUUGCAUGGGUAAACUGGGAAAGGGUAUGUCUAGCAAAAAAUAAGGGUGGCCUUGGCAUCCCAAACCUUGCUAUUAAAAAUAUUGCCCUUUUAAGAAACUGGUGGGAUAAGUUUUAUGAUGAUGCUGAAAAUGAGAAAUUGUGGAAGAAGAUAACUAUUAGCAAGUACUAUAGUGGCACUUCAACUGUUUCAAUCUCAACACUACAUCUUCAAAAAUAUCUGCAAUUUGGAAGGAUAUUUUAUCUAUUAGCAGGGAUUGUGAAAGAAAUACCAAGUGCUUCUCUGAAGGUUUCUCUCGUCAGCUUGGUGAUGGAUACGGAACCAGAUUUUGGAAAGAUGCUUCGGUGGAAACUUCUCCACUAAUGCUUGUUUUCCCUCGACUAUUCAAGCUCACUCUUGGCGAGAACUUAUUGGUGGCUUAUCUAAAACCAACCAAGGGUGAGGGAUGGAUUCUCCAAUGGCGCAGACCCCCUUUUGGAAGAGAACUAGAUGAGCUUCAAAUCUUCGAAGAAAUCCUACAAAAUGUC